CGUAUAUGGCGGCGCUUCUUUUCCCGCUGGUGGAAAAAGUAACUUGGAAAAUUGCACGAAAGCGUCAUGAAGAACCACAAUUUAAAGCACUAUUUUCUCCCACGACAAUGGUGCUUUUCUUCCGUUGUGUGUUCGUCCAUGGGAGGCCACAGAAUGACUGAAGCUCCAAUGAGUGUGGGCAACAUUUGCAUUUGUCCCGCAGAGACACUGGGUGCCAUUCUUGUGUCAGGAACAAAGGCAUAUGGAGCUCAUCAUUGAAGCCCUGCUGGGAAACUAAAGAUUUCCAUGGACAGAACGACAUAAAAAUGACUACUAUCAGACAGCCAACCAUUAUUAGCAUGUAUGAAAUGGAAAAGUUUUAAUGCUCAGCAGAUUACAGGAAUAUAAUCUUGGUGGACUAAAAUGAACUAAAAUUGCGUAACUGCUGUGCAGUCCCUUGGAAUUGUAUAAAGAAAUCCAGUACAGUCAUCGAUUCUCUUUUUAGGGAUUUGACUUUUGACAGGUGGUCAUUAACUUUGUUUAUGCUCCGACAAUGGAUGUGUCCUUGCUGCGCGCUCCAGUGACUGAGUAUACCAAUCAGAGGACUUUGGCAUGCUUAGCUGUCAGAUCUGCCAACUCUCCCUCUACUAGCCUCACUUGCAGGCCAGGUGUUAGGAAGGACCGAGCUUCGUCCGGGGAGGUGGCGUCCAAAGCUGAGGAAGUUAUAGAACGAGGCAAACAAACUGGAUUAAACGGCUCAAGCAAGCGGGCCAGAUCGAUCGAUGGCCAAGAUCUCAGGUCAGGAUCCAUGUCUGAAUAUCAAGCAUGGACAGCAAGUGUCAAAGGUUGGAAUGAAAAUAAUGAAAUAUCAGGCAGCACAAUCUAUUCCAGUCUGACUCACAAUGACAAAAUAGACAAGAAAACCACAGGCUUUGGCAUCAACAGAAGUCAUAACUAUAGCCCUGCAUUUGAGAGUUGGACUGGGACAGAAUGGAGGCGUAAUUUGCCUAGUAGAAGCAGGAGUGUUGACUGGAGGUCAGGGCCAAGCAGUCCUGACCGGGACGCACGGCGAUCCAACGUAGGUGUAUUGUUAUGUGAAGAAGUCAACGAGAGGGUUAGGGAUACUGAAGACCUGAGAGGCAGGUCAGUGUCUUCAUUUAGGACCUACAACUCUGCAGGGGAUUCUCUAGGCAGCAGCAGGCCAAAAAGUUCUUUGGACCAAACUUUGGAAACGAUCUAUAGGGGUAACUCCUGCCCUUUAAGGUUAAAGUCAGCCCCGGAACCGAUCAAUGACUCCAGAGAGACUGCUUCUUUUGGGACAAAAAGAGGCCAGGGUAUAUUGGAACGUAUAGAGAAGCUGUAUGGGCCGUCCAAAACUGAGGACUUCAGCAAAUCUAGGGAUUUCUCUUCCCUUGAAAGAGAGUGGUUUGAUGGAAGGGGUGAAGUUACAGUGAACCAUUUUGGGGAAACAGGAGAUACCUUCCCCAGGUGUGGCUCAGCUGGUGAAGGAAGCAGUCAAAGUGCAGUGGACAGAAAUGGAUCCUUCACUGGGACAUGUCAAGACACCAAGACUGCAGGCUCUAAUACUUCACCCUGUCCAAGGACAAGGGCGAGAUUGCCAGAGGGACAAUGGGAAGAACGGAUCUAUGGGAGGUAUUCCGACCAAGGUGGAGUUAAUGCAGGUAUGGGAUCCAUUGAGACAAUGUCUCUGGACCGAGCAAGGAGCAGGAACACAAGAGCUGGUCAGAUUAGAUUGGCCAGGGCUGCCCAGUCAAGCACUUUAUCAGAGAAGACCUCUUUCUUUGGACUAUCUGAGACUAACAGGAUAAAUGGGACACUGAGGGAAAUAAUUAAGCUCGAUAAGGGAAAGGUGACAGGAGAAAUUGAAUUAAAGGUUUAUGAAGAUGUGUUUGAGACAAAUCUGAACAUCAAAGUUAACUCUGCAGGAUGGAGGACACACCCAGAGACACAUUCCCCAUCAGUCAGUGUGAGAAACAAGAUCAAUCAGUUUGAGGCUCUGACACAGGGAUCACAGGGUUUUGGACGGAGCCAGAACAUGUUGCCUCGACGGGCCUUUUCUGUGCCCACGCGACUCAACACCGCCCAUGAUGGCUUGAAGAGUGAGUUGGAAAAAGCAAGUGGUGUUCUAGGUGACAAGUGUGUGGGGCUGAGAGAAUUAGGGGACACAGGAAAGAAAGCUGGGGAGAAAGUAGAUCAACUAAAAAGUCCAACACAUAGGUCUUUGUCAGUGGAUGAGAUUGGACAAAGGUUUAGGGGUGAUUUGACAAAUAAGGAAGGGACAAAUAUGGAUCGUCUUUACAAAAACACACAUACAGUAGAAUCACCCCUCAAAGAGAUUCCUCUACAUCAUAGAAACUUGUACAUAGAUGAACCAGACUCUUGUCAAGUCUCAAGUAAUAAGGACUGGAGAAGCAACAAUACAGAGUCCGCCAUGUUGUUCAGCUCAAGUGACCCUGAGCCACGCCCGUAUGAUAAGCUAUCUGAUAUACAGAAAGCAAAACCUCCUGUGAUUAUUUUAGCAGUUACUGAUGAUGAAAAGACUCCAACAAACACUCCAAACCACUCACCCCUUAGCUCUCUGGUCGCACUGCCAAACAGUACCUUUCCACUUACACUGACUGAAAACAGCCAAACAGUCAAAACACCCGAAGGACAUCUUCCAACUCCUGUGCGACCCCUCGCCGUCUGUUCCCACAGCAAGCUCUUUCCAGAUAUCACUUACAGUGACUCAAAAGGGAAGAAAAACGUGUUGGACUUGAAUGCUUGGGUCGCUGGCUGGAAAGCCUGGAGACAGGAUGAUGCAUUCCAGGAUGAUGAUGACAGUACACAGAAGGAUGACGAUUCAUACUACGAUUCAGAUUCUGGAGAGUCCUCAGUGACCAUCACCAGUAACAUGAGCCAGUCAGACCGCAGGAGCUUCUCUCUCAGCCUGGCAGAAUUGUGUCACUUCAGUGGAGCUGACUCAGAGUCAGAGAAUGACACCGACGAGAGCCCAGCGACGGGUAGGAGGUCAGCUUCACUUAGCUCUGAAGUGUCAGCGCUGUCAUAUGUGUCUGUGCUGCCCAGCGAGGAGCUCGACAAGCUGCUGGAGGAUGUCAGAAGUCUGGGGGACAGCAAUCUGCAGGAUGAUGUGCAGGUGGUUGUCCUCCACAAAGAGGUGGCUGUUGGCCUGGGCUUCAGUAUAGCAGGAGGCGUUGACCAGAACAAACCAAUCAUUGUCCAUAAAGUGUUCCCCACCGGUAUGGCAGCGCAAGAAGGCUCCAUCAGAGAAGGCGACCAGGUCCUGUCCAUCAAUGGCACUGCACUGGGGGGCCACACACACUGGGAGGCUCUGAGGGUCCUGAGAAGGGCCAAGACUCGAGAGAUGGGAGUAGUGGUUCUGAGGAGGGGUGAUGUUAGCAGCAUCUCGAAGAGGAGCGAGGGCCAGACUGAGGAACCAAUGCCGACUCAGACUUCAGAGACUGGUCAGUGUAUGCGUGUGCUUCUGGAGAAGAAAAGCAGAGAUCUGGGCUUCAGCCUGGAGGGAGGUGUCGGACUGGGGGUCAAACCACUCACCAUACAGAAGAUCUUCCAAGGGGGACCAGUGGACAAGAUUAGUCCUGGUGAUGAAGUGAUGGAGAUUGAAGGCAUGAGCAUGGUGGGGAUGAGACGUCUGGAGGCCUGGACAUUGAUCCGAAGGCUUCCCUCUGGACCAGUCGAUGUGGUAAUACGUCGGCCCCGCAAAACCUCGGCGCCAUAAGGAUUACGGAAGCAAAUCUAAAACUGGACUGCUCUGAAAUAAUGCCGUUUGUAACCCCAUUUAUUCCACAAUUAUCCCCAUAUUUUAUAACAAAGCUUUAUCAGAAGAAGCACCCACUUCUACCUCAAGGCCACAUGGCACCUGUAUGUGAACGAUUAUGUAAUAUACUGUGAACAGAUGCUAACAGCAUUUAGAGUUUAUGUUGCUUUUUAAUAAAGCCUAACGCAAUUGGA